AUGGCGGCUGUCGCAGUGCCAUCCGUGGUGCGGGCGACCCUCGGUGGCCGCGUCGACGACACGAUGCGAGACAGCGGGAUCGACAUGGACGUCAAGAACGGCGUCGACGCGGCCGACUUGUGCGGCAUCCUCGAGCACGCGACAGUGGACAUGGAAGACACUGCAUGGGACUCGGACAGCUCGGACGACGUGUCCAGCAUGGACGAAAAGGCGCUGAGCCCGUUUGACACCAUCAGCGAUGACGUCGCCGAUGCUUCGCUGACAGAGAGCCUUCUUCCGUCUCCGACAUGCCUUGACGACCGGGUCUGUGUCGAGGCCAACGACGGCCGACCGGACAGGGGUUCGUACACGUCGCUCAACGCAUCGACGUGCUCUCUCGCGUCAACCGUGCGAGAGGAUGCGGAUGGGCCGUCCGGUGCCUCGUCGGCCCCGCCCCGACGCGACGUGUCCUUUGACGCCUACUACGACGCGCCCGUCUACGGCUAUGCCACGGCCCUCCAGCCGGCCUUUCCGACCGUCUUUGACGUGUUCAACCACGACGACGGCGUCACCUACUACCUCGGCGGUGGCGGGCGACGCGUCACGCGGCAUCACAGCCAGAGGGGCCGCAGCGCGGGUGCGUCCUGGCCCUUUGCGAACCCGCCGCUGUAUGCCUGCCGACUGCACCACCACCACCGCCACCACGACCACGCGUCGAUGGGCCGGCCACCGGUGGUGCUCUACGGUGGCCUGGACGCCGACCGCGACGGCGCGUGGGCGGAUGUGCAGUUUGGGCGGCUGUCGCCGUCGGUCAAGUCCAUCCGAUCGCUGGGCAACAUCACCAUCGGGCUGCCGCCCGUGGCCCGCCGGCGGACAACAGGGCACCAGCCACUAGAGGACGACGACGACGUUCCUGCGGGCCGUACGGAAGAAACGCUGCACGCCCAUCUUGGCUGGCACACGCGGUACCGGUUCGAAGUCGACGUGGAGACGGAGGCCGACGGGCCGGCCAGUUUCGUGAGCGGCCGCCGUCCGUCCCGCCGGGAGGCCUUUGAGUGGCGAUACUGCUCGGGCGCCGAGCUGCGCGCCUUGGACGACGACGCGUCGGUGCCUGUCGCUGCGGGGGGCGGCGGCGAUCGUGUGGUGGCGCCGGGCGCACCGCUGCGACGCGCCAGUGUCAAAGCAGGCCAGCUGCUGCGACGGGCCCUGUCGCGGCGGUCGACCGGUGCUGUGCCUGUGCCUGUGGCACAAAAGAAGGCCUACACACACCCAACACCACCCUGCUGGCACGCCGGCUGGCAGCUCGUCCGCCUCGCCGAGUCCACGGAUCCCUUGGCCGAGGCCAUCCGGGCCGUCCAGGCCGUCCAGUCCUCCACGCGGACCACGUCUACAGCGGCGACGCCCUCGCGGCCCUCGUCCAUUGUGUCCGACCUCGUCCUCGAUCAGCUGAUUGCCGACGAAGCCGGUCGCGCGGCUGCUCGACGGCGGACAUCCGACGGCCGCGAGAUUGUGGCCCUGUGGGCGACACAGCGCCGAGGGGACGGGGACGACGACGACGACGACGACUCGAGCGACGCGUCGCGCACCCAGACCGUGGCCCGCUUUACCUUUCUCGGGAGCGGCGCGUCGGGCCAGCUGGGCGAGCGCUGGGCAUUGAUGGCCGUCAUGUCCGGACUGGCCGUGUGGGAGCGGGCGCGACGGGCACGCCGACGACGGCAGAGCACGGUGGUGCAGGCCUGUGGCGGGCUGGCCAACAUUGGGGCAUAG